AGACAUUCCACUCUACAAGCCACAACAGCGACGACAACAGACUGAGAAACAUGGAGAAAAUACAUGAGAGGAACUGACAAAGGAGAUCCAAAAAUGGCACAUACUUGCCGGAAAAUGAAGCGACAGCACAUCGACGCAUAUCUGUCACUGACAAAUACGCGAAAUCUGUUGGUUUUCGACGAGGAAUACCAGAAUACGUGAGACUUUUUGUCAACAAUCCCGCCGUAAUCCGAGAAGAAGUGAAAAUGGCUGCGGUAGUUGGUACCGAGAAGGGUUCUGAACGGACGGCGAUGGAGAGGUUCGGCGGCGGAGGAAUGGCGCUUCUGCCUUGGACGAAACAGAUGCUCACCGUGCUGUGGGAACAGCUUCGACUGCUGGUUCAGGUCAUUUACUACACCUUCAUGUCGGUUUUUCAGAUGUUCAGGUUUGAAGUUCACGUGAGAAUCACAGACGAGACGGGUCAACACAUCCAGCACAUGACCACGGCGGCAAAUCCAACUGAAUCCUUCCUGUUUUCCUCGUUGUUUGACGGAGACAACGCAGUGAUGGUUGGAGGUUCAAACCCCCUCUCUAACUUCUGUGCUGACGUGGGCGACUCUUUUGCCGGGAAAUCCACUGCUGAGGCCCUGCUGUCCAGUCUGCGUGCCGACGACCUGUGUUGCGGACUUGUGGAUGAUUUUGUGUCAAGAACAGCUGGCAAAGAAGACAGCAUCUUUCUAGGACACCAAUCCAGUUGGAAAAUGGGCUUCCCUGGCGACUGGAACAUCUUUGUAUCGAGCAGCGACAGCUCUAACGACGGCUGCCACAGAAGUAGUGAGAAAAUCUUCAAACAGGAUAUUACAAAGGAGAAAGUUUUCAAACAGGACACUUCAGAAGAGGAGAGAAGUUUUCACUGGAGUAGCGAGGAAGACCAGAACGUAGUUGAAUUUGACAGCGAGGAAAGUAAAGCGCUUUGGGAGUCUCUGUCAAGAUCUAGUGAUCCAUACAAUCCCUUCUUUUUCUCUGCGUGUAUUUCAACAAACACAAAUAUGGGGAAAAAUAAAGGAAAAAUGAUGGACAGCGAAACCGACCUCAUGUCAGUGAGCAAAGCCAGUGAGGAGGUGCUGGGGCCUCGAGGCCUCAACAUCUGGGUCAGUCGCUCUGACAGUGAGAGCAGUUGGAGCAGCUGGGCCAGUUCGGACGGGUCGAGCCCCGACAUCGACGAGGAGAGCGAAAGGCUCUUGGAGUUCUUCAGCAGUCCCGAAGACCCCUACAAUCCCAUGUGCUUCACUGCGUGUACAUUCAGCAGCACGUCACCUCAAACCACCACAGCCUCUAAACAACAGGCCUCACUUCCUGCACCUCCUUCCAAGUCGGACACAGACACAGAGGAGAGGGAGAGCAGCUUUCCUCCUUCAUCUGAAGAUGACGAAGAAGAACAGCUGUGGAAAUCUCUCUGCCACAAGGACGACCCGUACCACCCUCUCAACUUUCAGGCCUGCCUGCAGAGCCCCCAAACAACAACACUCCAGUUUGGAGAAGAUCCAGAUGAUGUCCAGCACGUAAAAAGUCUGCCCACAAAGGGCAAGAAUUGCAAAAAGCGCCCCCAAAAAUCCAGAGCCACUAAGGCCUCUCUGCCAGAGAGGCAGCACUCCCAUCCAGACAAAAUACUAGUACCCUGGAAAAGACCUGGACAAACACCUCAGUCACUGCCAGAGGAGAAGAAGGACAGCAAGGCCAGCACCACCCAGACAAAGGUGCGGUUUUCUCCUCUGGUCCAAGUCCACGUCAUGCGGACCUGGCCGUUUGCGCGCCAAGCUGCUCGUAAAGGACACUGGGAAGAAAUGGCGCGAGACCGGGACCGCUUCCGGAGGCGGGUCCAGGAAACCGAGCAGGCCAUCGGCUACUGCUUCACCCAGCAACACAGAGAGAGGAUGCGGGCGUUUGUGGACGGUGCCUUGAAGUAAAAAAAUAAAAUAAAAUCCUGAACACUGAAUGUUUAAUUUCCUUUUCGGAUGAGAACUUGUGAUUGGUUGCAAUGCAACAGUGAUUUUUGAUUUAGGCCAAUUAGAAAUUUGAUGUUAGGCCAACUUUAAUGUUCGGUGUCAAGUUGAACAACUUUGUACCUCAAAAGGUUUUCUACAUUUUGUGACUGUUGCACUGACUGACACUUUCUCAUAUUAACCUCAGCAUUAACGUGUGGAAUGUUGUUUUUGUAUGCCUUAUAUACUGACCUAGUAAUGUAACUUAUUUAUGCCCUAUGGAGCUUGUUGUUUAUUUUUUACCGUUGGUUUUAACUGUUUGUGUUUUGAUUUGUGUGAACAAACCCCAGUUGUGAUUCUAGAAGUUAAAAGUAGAUAAUGAUGAUAUCGUAAGAAAGCAGAGUUUUGCAGUACAAAGUGUUUCCAAAAGUGUUUUGUUGAAGCAUGAUGUGUAGACAUUCAGUUCUGGUGUGAUUUUUGUCCUGUUCAAAUGUUUUGGUUCUUGACGUUUAAGUUUUGUCUUGUUUUUUGUUCUGAUUUGAUGGCACAUAAGUCGUGUGUGGAGAUGGAUAUGUUAAUUAUUAUAUCAACUGGAUAGAUUCAAACACUUUGUCCAAUGUGAGUCACUCAGCUUCUCAUGGUAACAUCAUAUAGCCAGAAAUAUGUCAAAAAAUGGGCUGUAGCAAAUUUUGUCAUUAGGUGCUUUGCCAAAUCAAUAAAAACAAUGUGACAUUA